AUGGUUAAAGCCCACUCGAGUCUUCCAAUUGUGGAGUUGUACAUCAAUUCAUUUAGUGAGUUCAUACCUGACAUUGGUAAGGAGAACAAUGAUGAUGAUGAUGAUGAUGAUGGUGAUGAUGAGAUGGGAGAGGGUGAAGAGAAUGAUGGUGGGGAGGGUAGGGAAGAUAGUGAUGGUUGUGGGGAGGGUGAAGAGAGAGUCGAGGGUGAAGAUGAAGGUGGGAAUGAAAAUAGAUCUGAUGAUGAUGCCAACUCAAACAUGGCACGCAGUGACAUUCUUACAUCUCCUCCCAAGAGUGAUGAGGAGUAUGAGAUACCCUCCCAGAGUCGGAGGAAACAUGUGUCAAGGCAGCCUGAGUUCCAUAUGACUGAUAUGGGUAACCCAGAUUUUGUGCAAUGCAAGGAUGAGGAAUCCUUUGAAGUUAGAUCAUUUCAGUCCAAACACACAUGCAAGAGGAAACAUAAAAAUUCGAUUGUGAAAGCAAAGUGGAUUGCGGACAAGCUGAUUGACAAGUUCAGGGCACAACCCAAUAUGCUUGUGAAGGCAAUUGUAGAGGAGGUUGAGGGAAGUGAAUGGGGAGAUAGAAAAAGGUUGGAAGAAAAUCACAAAACACAGAGAGCAGUGAAGAUGCAGGAAGUUCUUCGCAAGUGA